CACCAUUUUAGGCUUCCAAUCCCAUCAUUUUAAAAGCUUGCACCACCCAUUCUCGGUGGCACUUUACACCCACCCAAAUGGUGUGGGCCUCAUUUCCCCCUCCCCUCCCCUCAAUCAAGCUGCUCUCCUAAAGCCGGUAAUGGCAGCCGUCCAGUAGGCCUCUUGUGGGCCCCAACUCCCAAAUCAAUGGCGGAGAGGGUCCCUCUACCUCCUCUUCAGGCCGGCCUGAAUCCUUACCCACCUGCCGGAAACCAGCAGGAGUUUCGAUCAGGAACUUAUGUCGUCCAAAUCCCGAAAGACCAAAUCUAUCGAGUCCCACCCCCUGAAAAUGCAUACAUUGCAAACAAAUAUCAAAACAAUCCUCGGCGUAGUCAAAAGAAGCGUUGGUGUUGUUCUUGCUGUUGUUUGCUAUGGCUGAUUGUUUUUAUAAUCGUCACUGUGAUUUUGGCUGGAGCCUUUGUUGGAAUACUGUAUCUGGUAGUGAAAUCAGACAUUCCUCGAUUCUCUAUUGAGCACGUUGCGGAAAAUUCGAAGGCUUUAUCACAAUUUCAAGUAAAUUUAAAGGGUGAGAAUGGAAAUUCAAAGUUGGUUUUGCGGUAUUUAAAUGGGGGAGUUGUGGGCCUCGAGCAUUUAGGAUCGAAAAUUGGCACCGGAAAGUGGCCUGAAUUUGAGCAAGGUAGCGGGAAUUCGAAGGUUUUCCGGCUAGUCACAAAGGGAUCAGAUGCGGUUAUAAAGCAGCUGAAGAAGAAGCAUGGAAACAAGAGUUUAACACUUGUUCUAAGGGCGCAAGUCCCCAUUCGGUUUGAAUGGAAAGGAAUAAAGAGUUGGGUUAUGAGUAUGGAUGUUAGGUGUGAUUUCAAGGUCGACAAGUUGGGUGUGAAUUCUAGGGUUUUAUCAGAGGAAUGUGAUGCGAAAUUGAAACUAUAAGGAGAAGGAAGAGAGGAAGAAGCUUGUAGAUGCAACUCCAAAAGAGGAGGAGAACAAGGUAGAAGAGAGAAAAGGUGGUGUAAUUGUUAUGCAUGUGAUUCUUUUUCAUGUGUUGUUUUUUAAGUUUAUUGGGGUUUUUCAAAUUUUCAGCAUGCAAGCUUCCAUGAAAGCUUAAUUAUUUCUUCAACUAAAGAUUGUGGUGAUAUUCUAUAUAUAUAUUUUUUUUACUUGAUAUUUUUGGUGGUGGGGAUGAGCGCUUUACAAAUUGUAUCUCAUUAACAAGAGGAAGCAGCUGAAUUUUUUUAUUUCGCUUAGGCAAUUCAAAUAACUUGUUCCUCUUA